GCAGGGCGAGUCUCGCGAGAGGCGAAGGCGCCGGCGCGCUCCGUCCACUGGCCCCGUGCGCGGAGCACUGGGCUAAACGCUGGGGAUGCGGCCGCCGCCACGCGCGCCCACCGCCGUCGUCCGCCUCCUGACGCAGACGGACUGGACGGAGCCGUGGCUGCUGGCGCUGCUGGCCUUCCACCUGCUCUGCCUGACGCUCACCGGACUCUCCCGGCGCAGCCCCCGCCUGCGCCUCGGACACUUCCUCGGACUCGUGACUUUAGUGUUUUGCGCGGAGUAUAUCAACGAACUGGCUGCUAUGAACUGGAGGUCAUUUUCUAAACACCAGUAUUUUGAUUCAAGUGGAAUGUUUAUUUCCCUAGUUUUCUCAACACCGCUGCUGUUGAAUGCUCUGAUCAUCGUGAUUACUUGGGUGCAUAAGACACUGGCGGUCAUGACCGAGCUGAAAACAUUACAGCAGAAAAGAAAAGCCGACAGAGAAAAGAGAAGGAAAACGGAAUGAUGUAGAAAUAGCGUUUGCUCUGGCGUUUGGGGAUGGGGUUUUUUGGUUUUUUAACCUUUUUGCCUGUGACCGAAACCUCCGACAUCUGCGAAAUGUGCUGUUCCAACUGUACCGGUGCUUCCCCUAAGAAAAUUCUGGGGCGGGUGGGAUGUUCUGUUAUACCGUGAGCUGCCUUGUACCGAUUUGAAAUCAAAAUACUCGAUGCAAUACGUGAAUGCAAAACAAAAGUACGUUUCGUUCAGACGACAACCUGGUCUACGUGACGGACGUCGGAAGAAUCGGUUAGGGAAGACUGGUUUCCGCUAGUCAUCUCUCGCUUCUAAUUUGCUGCGGUUUGAGUCGCAGCUCGGCGCCGUAAUUGUGAAUGACUUCGGUUCUCUGGCGUCAUUAAUUUCACGGGCUUUCUGUCUCUCGAAUCGGGAUCGGAUGCCGUCAGAUAUUGGGUUUUUUUUUGGGGCGAGUCAGAAAUUAAUUUAAGCCUGACUGAGAAGCUGCUUUUGUCUGUGAACAGCUGCUGAAAGGAUGGAUAGUUGUUAGAUAAAGAUAGAGUUGGAGUGGA